AGGUGUAAGUCAAGUCGGCACGCUAGGGUCUUCCCUUGCGCCAUGGUAUUUUGUUGCAGGUAGUUCUCAGGGUUUGAAAUGUAAAGACGAUUUACGGUAAUGGGAAACUGUUACGAUUGCUUUAGCCCACAACCAGAGGUUGAAACCCCGGAUCCGGAAACUAGAAGAAGACAGCAAGAGGAGGCUGCGUUGAAGCGACAGCAGCAAGCGGACGGUCGUGGAGUUAAGGAUCCAGAGAGACUCAAGAGACAACAGAAACGAAGAGAGGAUGCCGAGAGGGAAGCUUUAAAGCAAGGUCCUUCAGAGGGAGGAUUGAAGUGGACUGUUGGAUAACAUUAGAAGCCUCCACUGUGCUCUGUUCCAUUGAAACGCUUACAUGAGGUGUUCUGAGGACAAGAGAAAUGUUGUGGGAAACACUUGAUGAGUCAAAGCAAAAACUAUAAAUUCAGCCAGCUUACCGUGCAUCUGAAUACUAACAAAAUACACUUCUGCAACAAGUCAGAUUUAGUUAUUUUUAUCAACUAUUCACAGAAGUGGAGUUGGCUUGUGAUAAAUAUUUACCAAUCAAAGUGCUUGUUCAACACAUUUCUCUGUUUUAGUGUAUUCUACCAAAAGUUAAUCAUAAUAGUUCAUUAUAAAGCACACACAUCCACUAGUUGUUUGAGGCACUUUACAAAAUUAAUCUUGAAACCAUAAAAUUUACUCUAAAAAACGUAGAAAAUAAAAGAAAAUAGCAUAUGCUUAGGAACUAGAGGCUAAAAGACUAAAAAUAUGAGAAAGAGUUACUCUUAAAUGACAAAGCUGUAUUGGAUUGUCUUAUUUCCAAUGGAAUAGAGUUCGAAAUUUUUGGAGCACAUAUAGAAAAAGCUUUAUCACCAUAAAUUAUGUUUUAGUUUUUACAGUUUGGCUGCAUCGGCAGGUCUUGAAGGUUUGAUUGUAGAGACCCAGUCAAUUUCCAAUGUUCCAAGAGUUCUGUUAGAUAUUGCAGGCAGAGACCAUUCAAUGGUUUAGACAAAAGGGUGCUUAAAACACGAUUUGUUACAAGACAGGCAACCAAUGGAGUUGUACUAAGGCGGGAGUAAUAUGGUUAUAUUACCUUGUUGCCGUGACAUAAUGAGAUUUGCUUAGCAUUGAGAAAGAAUUCAUUUAUUUAAAGAGAACUCAUUUAAAAAUAACUCAUAUAUUCCUGUUACUAUAGUUACAAAAUUUUCUGCGAAAAUCUUGUGCAUUGCCCGGAGGUGAAUGGCAAAGGAUAUUCAGAGUUUGGGUGGCAAUCAGAGUGCUCCUUCAACACUUUCCAUUGUUUUAGUUAUACUAACAAAAUUUAAUCACUGUAGGAUAAGAAUUUAUUGCUUAGCAUUAAAAAAGAACUCAGAUCCACAAGUUACAGCUGCAGUUACUGUAGUAAUUAAAAUCCACUCAGAGUCAGUUGUCUGUCAAUUUCCUCUUGCUAAAAUGCGGUCUAAUGGUUUUUUGGCGAAAUGUGUUGAUUUGCAAGUGACGGGAGGAGGUUUGAAACAGUGCUGUUGUGGUAGAAAACAAGAGAACAAUACUAUUUUCUCAAGAAGAAAGAUAGGCUUGAAUUUCCAGUCAUGUAUUAGCCCAUAUUUAUGUUAGUCCAAAAACAGCUUGCCUACAUAAAUGGAAAACUCUUGCAAAUAAAACAUGAACUUCUAAAA